AUGUUGCUAGUACUGGACACUGCUGGCCAGGAGGAAUUCAGUGCAAUGCGUGAGCAGUACAUGAGGAAGGGCGAUGGCUUCCUGUUGGUAUAUUCAGUUACAGACAAGCAGAGUUAUCAGAACAUCAUUCAUUUCCACACGCAGAUACUCAGAGUUAAGGACAGGGACAUGUACCCAAUGCUACUGGUGGCAAACAAAGUGGAUUUGGUGCACCUCCGGAAAGUGACCGAGGAAUCCGGCCGGGAGUUGGCUCUCAAGUUGGGAAUCCCCUAUAUAGAGACGAGUGCCAAAGAUCCACCCCUGAAUGUGGAUGCUGCCUUCCAUGAGGUCGUGCGUAUAAUUCGCUCACAACCACCGGAGCUCGAGAAGAACCGAAGGAAAAGAAGACCGAUAAAGUGUAUGCUGCUCUAAUGUUGCACAUGAUGCUGAUAUGGGGGUAAACAAACCGUGCUCACUUGUUUUUUAAAUGUCAAAUUUUAACAUGAAAUUAAUUUGUGAAACAUAAACGCACAUUUAACGACAGUUCAUCUCACAGAGUCAUUAUAACUAGAGAUGAUUUUCGUUAACUUUGAUGGCUGUUAUUGCGAAGUCUUAGUAUUAUACCAGAGCAUGUCACUCAGAGUGAAUGACAGCUGUCCACCCAAUGUCACAUUCAGAUGGUGAAGUUCACUGUUGAAUAUGAUAGUCUGUGUUUGAUGGGUGGUUUAGAUUGCUUCUACAUGUGACAAUAAUAUUGUACUGAUGGAAUUUAAAUUGGUUACUUGGUAUCUUAAUGAAGAUAUACAGAUGUAUAUGUGUUUUCAUUUAGAUGUAUCACAGUCUCCGUACUAUGUUUAUCAGUACAAUAUGUGUAUUGAUGUCUGACUUUUCUGUACUUUAAGCUGGAAGUCAAUUUGAUAAUACUGGGUUUUGCUUUUAACACAUUCACUGCAAAUCCCAUCACCUUACCAGGUGAAGUACCAGUUGUAUCAGGUGACCUAAAUGUAGAUAAAUGUUGAAAUGCAGCUUUCAAAGCUUGAAAGGGUCAAAACAUUUUGAAUAUAGAAAGUUCGGAAAAUAAAAUCCCAGUUUGGAAGCAUGACUGUGAAUGGGUUAAGGGCAGAACUUCUUAAGCCCUUCUUGUAUGUAAUUUUUUAUUUGUGAAUACAGUGUGAUUAUGUACAGGUGAUAAGUCCCAGGUAAGGGGCCAUGCAUAUGCUGGCCAGGCUUGGCUUUUUGCAAUUGUUAGCAGAGAUGAUUUGUUUUUAUCAGUGGUAUCUCAGUGCAGGUGUAUUCAUCCUGAGGUGAAAAUAUCUGUGGUUGAUGUGUAGCACAUCAGUGCUAUUUUUUUUCCCUCUCUAAAAACAUGUUUACUGGUCUGAUGUUUGGUUUUAGCCUUAAGCUCAAAACUUGCGAUGCAACAGCAGAUGUACCUGCAUCUACCAGCUUAAAAAGAGCACUUAGCAGAUCCACCAUUUGAAGGUUAAUGGGUUGCUGGCUGUAUUUUAAUUAUUUUGUUUAUGAAAGAUAUUUAUAUUGUUAUUAAUUGAUGUUACAAAGCUUUAAAGAUAAAUGUUGAAAAUUUUAUGCUGUAAACCUUUAAGUGGUGCUUAAUUUAUUUAUGCGUCUAAUUAGUGCAUGUGUCUGUGACAGAAAUAAGCAAAGAUUGUGUUGAUAAUGACAUAACAUGAAAAAAUUAUGUGUGCAUGUGUAAGAAGAUCGGAUUUUAUGCUGAAUUUGCUGACUCAUACUGUUUGUAUGUGUUUGUAAGAUGACUUCCAUUGGAGUGGAAAAUUUUAAGGAAAAAUAACUAUUAUUUGGGAAGUCCUCAGGUUGAAUUUUCAUUGGGACACACUGAUUAUCUUGACUGUGAAGUUCAUAAUAGUCCUCAUGAGUCCCUCCAGGCAAAUGACAUUAUACUAUCUUAAAUUAGACUAGGGGCAUUAAGUCCCAUAUUCUUACUCAUUAUUAAUUUACUAUUAUCGAAUCAUUUGUCACUAUAUAGUCUUAUUUACUGACAGCAUUGUUCAGUAUACUAUAAAUAAAUAAAUAUUGAAAUCCUUGUGUUUUUUCAUACUUCUCAGCCAUUCGCAGGGUUAGUAUGUUGAACUGAACUCUCUCACUCACCAACCAGAUGUUUCACGUCUCUUUAUUCAACUGACUGCUCUGGAACUCAAGUGACCCUGUUUGUAACUUUUCAGCACAAAUCACAUAGAAAACUCCAUUUCCAUUGUUACAGUCCAACAAUCCCUUGACUUUUGCAUGUGUAUCCGUUGCUGCAGGAACCAGUUUACCGAGCAUUUGCCUACCAAUAGCCCAGGUAUUGUUGCUGUGUUUACUUGCUCUUACCAAGCAACACAUCUUCCAUCUCGUGAUUGUUGCAUAGGGACGAUACUACAUGUUACAGUACCAUAUAUCAUAGCCAAAAUACACUGAACAGUGUGGUCUAGUGGUAACACUUUAGAUAUGUAUGAAGGAAGUACUCACUUUGAAUCCCAGCCAGAAUAGUGGGUACCCUUCAGGCAAAUUCAGGAGUAUCAUCUUGAAUAUGCCGUGGCCACUCCUUUCCAAAUCCUUUCUAAUUCAUCAGUCGUCAGUCAUCCUGACAUUUAACUCUGUAUACCCUAGAUGGUAACAGUGUCAUUAAGUAAUGAACAAACAAGCCCAAACAUCUGUUUGUAACAAUUAGGAAUGAUCAGUGCACAUCUGGCAACUUUGGUAACUUUAUGGUAUUGGUAUGACUAUUGUCAUAGUGGGGGUAACUAUGGAGAGGGUAUGGAUUAGAUAUUGGGUUUAUUGACCACUUAUACACACCACUACAUAUAAUUACAGCGCUACUGCUGAUCUCCAUUUUACAGUUCACUGUUGCGCACACACUAGGGUUCUCAGUCUUCAGUAGCCGUAUCCUGGGAAUGGAUUUGAACACAGCAAUUAUACCCGUCUCACUGAAUAACACACUCCAUAUAUCACA